AUGCCGAGAUACGCACGAGGCAGCACUCUGGAUCUCGACGUAUAUGAAUAUCUUCUUGAGAAUGACGGAAAGGCCUCUAUGAAGCGCAAUGUAUGUAAAAGAACGGGUAUAUACCACAGCAAAGACAAAAGCCAUUGUGGAGUACCGAAGACACGAUGCAUCGACGACUUGCACUUCGCUUUCUAUCUCUCCCCUGUCAUCGAUCAAGAUUCCAAGUCCAAGACACGUAACCAAGUAGUAAUCCAUAGUGAGCGAUCCAACGUCUUUUCCCCGAAAUGUUGUACUAAGCAGAUUUACUCUGAGGGGUUCAACCUCGGUAUCAAAAACGCACGCAACGACCGGCCAAAGUUGGAGUGCUUCCAACACAAGCUUCAAAUGUGA